CUGACGCUGUCCGCGGUGCUGAAAACAGGCGGCAGGAAGACGAGGAAUCCCUGCUGUGGAAUCUAAAGAAGUCCAGGCUAAAUUAGACAGCGGCAAAUGAAAUUAGAAUAGAGCAGCAACAACAACAAAAAGAAAAGCGUGACACCAGCUCGAACAACGAGAAGACGCGCACACACAGAAAGAGAGACACGCACACACACACACACACACACACAAGGAAGUGCGCUGUGAAGCGUGACAACAAGACUGUGACGUCCCGACGAGUGGAGGCUGGAAUCCCCUCACAGUGCUCCCACCUCAAGAAUUCCCCAUCCUGUUUACCGGUGGCCAUGAUGGGUUACCGCGACACCCCGAGUGCCCUUCUCCUCCUGGUUCUCCUAACAUGGGCCGCCUCCGCUGACCCCAGCGUGACCCCUGACACGCGACACGUCAUCCCUACUGAGACGGCACGCUCGAGAGAUGAGGAGAGAACGCCCGGAAGAGCGGCGAAGGCAGACGACCUCUUCGACGACGUGGAUCCCGAAACGCUCGCGGCGCUUUUACUGGCGGCGCUCAAUCGCACGCGGGAGCAGAGCAGGAGGGAGGAGGACCACCCGGCGGAGGGGGAGGAGCGGGACAGAGAUGGCCGACUGAAGCUGGAGCUGCUGAUGGCCGCCCAGGGGAGGGAGGAGAGGAGGAAAGCCGAGGAGGAGGAGGAGAGGAUGACCGAGAGGGUGAGCAGUCGCACCACGAGCCAGACGGUCCCGGUCCAGACGCAAGCGCCGCCCGAGCAAGGCGGCGCCGAGGAGGAGCAGCUCAACCCGGAGGAGCUUAAGAGUCUGGAGAACGUGAUGAAGGAAUUUCCUCGCUUGGACACGGCCGUGAAGAGAGGCGGGGAUUCGGGGCCAAACCAAAGGGAGAGUCGGGGCUACGGCAGCUACAAUGACAUCAUCCCAUUCAACAAAGGCAACAAUGUGGCCACGUCCGAGAAGAAACUGAAAUGGCAAGAGGAGACGCAGAAGGCCUUCAACGUUCCGUCAUUCAGAGGGAACGUCAUGGACGACUUGCCGCUGCCCGAAGACGACGAGGAGGAAGAGGAGGAGGAAGUGUUAAGUCCCGAGGAAGAGGAGGCCCGGGCCAAAGCGGAGCAGGAGGAGAUGAGGAGGCAGGCGGCCGAGGCGCAGCGAGCCAAGCUGGAGGAGGAGAAGUUGGCUGACAUCGCCUCGGAUAUGCUGCUGCGCUACAUGGUCAAGCAGAACGGCGGCGGGAAGUACGCGUCGCCGUCUCCCAACGCCGCCGAGGACAAGAGGUCGGAGGAAGACCGGGACCGAGACGACAUCGACCCCCAGACCAUCGACAAGCUGAUCGAGAUCUCCAGCAAGCUCCACCUGCCGGCCGACGACGUGGUGGACAUCAUCAGUGACGCGGAGAAGAAGAAGAAGAAGAAGAAGGACGUGACCCCGCUAAUGCCCGCGUCGCCCGCCGGCUCCUCUCCUGGAUCCGAGGACGCUCCCGUGGGCUUCGCGGUCUCCAAGCAACCUUCUCCGGCGCUCCAUCUCCUUCAAAGCUGGUUUCAGGAGCAAUCGCCAACCAGGUCCAAGGAAUUCUGGAGCAGUCCCGUAUCCAAUCCGUACGUGUGGGCAAAAGCGCUGAAGCCCAAGAAGCAGAACCCCUGGGGUCUGGCACGCUACCCCUACACACGGCCCUCCUUCUACCCCGUCUACUUCCCCCCUCGGCGGCCCACGUACCGGUACUACGUCCCCGAGCACUCUGUGACCUUAAACGCCUUUCUGCAGCGCUCCCGGGACGGCGCCUACGCCUUCCAGCCCAAGCAACGCUACCUCAACUGGGUGCAGCCCCGCUUGAGGAAGCCCCCCGCCGCCCUCCAGCGCAAGCCCUACUACCCCAGAUACCGCUUCCCCUCGUACCCCCAGAGGCCACUGGCCGCUCCCAGGGUCCCUCUGCCACAGGAGCAGUUUUACCAGUCACCCCCGAAGGGAUACUUGUCCAACAGUAAGGGACACCUGGAAAAAUACAUUGAGCGGCUACUCAUGAAGAGGCCGCGGGUGCAGGACUGAAAAAAAAAAAAAAAGGUGCAGUAGAGAGGAGAUAACAGUGUUUUAUUCUAUGUUGACGUCCUUUGCCUCAACUGAUCCAUUGUUACUUGGACAUUCCAGGAGGUUUUCGGAACUCAGAUCCCAAAACAUUUGGACUUUUCAACAAUGCCAAGUAAGGGGGAUGAUGGAAAACAGCGGUGUUAUUUCAACUUCAACAACAACAACAAAAUUCAACAUCCCGAAUAUCCAGGCCGCCUUUCACAUGCGAAGAAGAAGAAGAAGAAAAAAAAAACAGCAGUUCCAAAUGUGACAUGUUCAGUAUUUGACGCCGGGGGCUGCGAGGCAGCUCGAUAAUGGCUCUAGUGACUCAUCCCAUUGCACAACUUCAAUUACCUUGUUGCUAUGGUGCCAAAGUGUACAUUUUAUUUCUGUUCUUUCGUUUACUGCUGCUGGGAGUCACAUUGCUUUGGGGGAAAAAAAAAAAAAAAAAAAACUCAAAAUAAUAUGUAUUUCUCAACAAAUCUCACGAACUGACCACAUUGUGUCGAUUUGCCUCUGAAUUGAAUUCCAUUCGGUAAUGUUUAAACUGGGUUGCACAAUCACCAGUAUUCUGCAUUUGCCAGUGGCCGUGGAAGUUGUUUACAUGAUGAUAACUUAUCUGCUGCCUAACAGGUCACUGUGACAUUAUAUUAGGCUUUUUGAUUUUUGAUUUUUUUGGGGGGGGCGGGGGGGUCAUUUGAUGGAAUGUAAGCACACAUGGGAUGAAGACACUCACGAUUGAGAAUGUUCCGGGCACAACUCAGAAAAACAAAUCAACCCGAGCGAGGAGUGAUUUGUACCAAAUUGAUAUUUGAGGGCAUUUGCGUAUAAAGGAGUGCACGUUUAUGUAUAAUUGCAUCUAAAAUGUCUUCUCUGAGGAGAUGACAACGCAACAAUGAAAAAGUACAUAUAUUUAAAAAAAAAAAUGGCUUCAAGAUGACAGAAGCAAUGAUGUUGUCGUACCUUGAGAUCCUUGUUGGAGUGAUGUACUGUUGUUGCUUGUACACGGCCUCUAGAUGUACCUUGUAAUUGUAUAAUAAACAUGCGUUUGCUGGAUAUGCAAGUAUGCGCAUGUCAAUGACUACUUUUGCUACACGCAAAGAAACCAAUAAAGUCGACUACUUUUUUUUU